CAAUGUUUCGGCAAACGCAUUUUUUGCCAAAACUAACGCACAACUCUUUUAGCUACUGCGAUGAUUCGGAUUCAUCACCAUCACACUGAUUUUGAGUGGAGGGCGCUUAUUGAUCCGGGUUCGGAAAUCUCAUUUAUUUCCGAAGAAGUUCAAAGAAAGUUAAAAUUGCCCGUUCAAUCGGUUAUGGCAACGGUUGCAGGCGUUAAUUCCUCGGUAACGGCAACUUCAAACAAAAUGUGCUCAUUCACUCUCAGAUCGAAAUUCGAUAAACAAUUUUCACUUUCCGCUCGGGCACUUGUCCUUAAAACGGUUUCGGACAGUUUGCCUUCCAUAUCAAUUGAUAUUGGAAAUACUCAAAAUUUGUUUGACUUUCCUUUAGCGGACCCUUGUUUCAAUCAAAGUGGAAAGAUUGAUUUACUGAUCGGUGCAGAUUUAUACCCACUAAUUAUUCGCGAUGGAUUAAAAUUUAAUGUUUUUCAAAGAAAUAUGGCUCAGAACACAGUUUUCGGAUGGGUAUUGAUGGGUCCUUUGGAACCACCCAUUUCUCAAAAUAAUAUCGAAUAUACUCGAUCGCUGUCUUUUUUUAAUGAGGUAACCAUGGAUGAAGAAAUCCAAAGAUUUUGGAAACUUGAGGAGCUUCCACAAAUCUUAUUUUUAACGGCCGCAGAACAAUUCUGCGAAAAUCUUUUCGAAAAAAACAACGUACCGAGAUAA